GCGAGUAGCAACCGGGGCGGUACGUAAUCAUGUACAGGGGGACAAGGAUUGAGGUUCCUAGAAAGUUCUACAUCUUGAAACAGUUAUCGAUUUUUGUUGGAAUCAUCACCACAGUUCCAAGUAUUUGUGUUGGGACUUCUAAAAUUCGACAUCAAAACUGGCAAGUACGACAAACGACCACUCUUUGUGAUUUACCAGCCAAUGCAGAAAGAUUGACGAUCACAGUCAAAACUUUGUCACAAUGCCUUGCUUACACGCAGCCACAUUUUGCAGAAAGUGGAUUCGUCACAUACAAUGCAACUUCUGGAUUAUGCACGAUUCCAGAUCCGUCCGCAAUGCCGCGUUCGUUUGGACAGAUGUAUGAAAGUGAUCUCACAUCAGUUAGCGUGGAGGAUCCAAUACCAGAACCUUGCAACAAUUUCUCCUGGACCAUUUCAUUUAAAACGCAGCCAAAUGGAAACGCGGUCUUUGGAGAUAAAGCCUCACUAUUUGACAUCCUGGACAACGGUGCAGAUUUCAAAGUCCAAGUCGGAGAAAAUAUCUUUCUAGAAUCUUCAUACGUGUUACAGAAGAACAGUGAGCGUUGUGUGGCGACGCCAUUUGUAAUAUCAAAAUGGAGUUGGGAUACAUUAAAUCCGGAUUUAUACUGGGAAAUAACGUUAGUAUGUACCGACGGAAAGGUUUUUGUUGUCAAGCAGUCCCUUGGCGUCAACACUCUCAUCAGCUCAGGAUAUGAGAACGUGAAAGUCACCUGGUACACAAGAAAACUUCCAGAAGAUCCAAAUCAUUUAAAUCCUGUUUACCAUCAUCUAGCAAAUGGUUUAAUGGUAGGAGGGUCAAAGGGUAAUAUUAUAUCGUCCGUAAAGAGAGGGAAAAGUAUCAAAAUAUGGUUAAAUAUAAAUAUGCUACCGAGUGUUACUUCUCUACAGCGUUUAGAAGUCGACGACUGCGAUGUCGUCGGCCAGAACAUAUUUCGAGUUGGUGUCAAUUUAAAUCCUUUGAAGUUUAUGACCCCAUUGUACUGGUGGAAUGCUUUGGUUUCUACGCUUGGAUCAGUGUUAAAAUCACGCUGGUAUAUAGGGGAGCAUAUACAUAAAUCCAAUUCAGUCUCGUCAUAUGAUUUGGCGUGGUAUGUAGAUGUAUGUUGGAGCUUGGCCUUUGUGCAUUCAGCCACCGGAACCGAAAUAUCUGGAAAUAUUGGAAAUCUAAAAGCACACAUUUUGAUCGGCAGACGAGUUCGAGUUCUUUUUGAUUCAUAUACUAUGGAGGCUGACAAUAUUUUCAUAUCAAACAACAAUAUCAUUACUGCGCAAUUUCUAAGUCAAAUGGACACACAACAACCAAUGGUGUUCUCUGACGGACAUUGGAAAUGGGUAAGAAUAUCCACGGACGGGUCUUUCCUGACUGACAUUUACGAAAUGGGAUCAUCAACUAAGAUAAGUAACAGUGCAAUGUCAUCAGGAGCCUCCUGGUUUGUACAAAGACGUGAAUGGAUCCAGAUGUUAGUUACAUCCUCUAAUGGGACAGUGGUGCAAGGUACUAAAACAGCUCUGGUUGAGGCGAUUCGCCAAGGGUCAAGUCUACGUUGCGUUAUUCAUUUCGAAACAAACGACACGCUAGUUUUUACUGCAGACAAUAUUGAAAUCAGCAAUGAUGGGAACGUCGCCGCACAGUUGUUCAGGUAUAUACAGUUUAGCGACGAUAAAUUUGGGACUUUCGUACCAUACUGGAGAAUAAUGCUUAUGUGCACAACGGGCAAAUUACAGGAAUCAAGAUGGACUGUUGGGGAACAUGUGAAAAGGGGUGAAAACGUGUAUGACGUGGGGACCCAUUGGUUCGUCGAUAAAUAGAUUCGUGAUAUCAAUAUGUGCAAUGAUUUAAAUGUUACUUUUAUGUUUUGAUUUGUCUUUCCAUUUGAUCAGAACUUUGGACAAGGAUUGGAUUUUUAUUUUUUUUUAAUGAUUUUUUGCAAUAGGGAAGAUUGGUUACUUUUGUAUUUUUCCCGCUAUAUCAUCAUCGCCACGUUUGCAGCCGACAGUUUUAUACAAUUUAACAAAUUGUAAUUCGAUUGACUUGAUGCUAUCUUGAUUUGUUUGGUUUUACUUAUGAUUUACCCUACAACAAAUACUGAAAAAUCUACGACUUCAUGACAUAUAUUUCAAUUUUUUUAUGGUCAAAUCUGUUUAACGACAGAAUGCACUACUAUUUUAGCGACGAGACAAAAGUACAAGAAAAUAAAGACAGUGGGAACGUGUUCUGGUCGACAUCAUAAUAUCAUUCGAAAAUAUGCUUUUCUUGCGUGAUAUGUAGUCGGGUGUCCUCGAUGAA